UUGCAGGACGGCAAUAUCAAAAUUAUAGCCAAAGUGAUGAAGCAAUCUUUUUCUGGGAAAUGCGAACCUGAAUGAAAUUUAAGUGCAGUUUGCCAUUUUAACUGGAGUACCGGGAAAAAUUAAAUAAGAAACAGAAAACCUGCACAGGUUUUCAUUGACUGUGCAGCUAAGAAAUGGCGACACACGUGGAAAGGUCAAUCUGUUAACUGCGCACGCCUGCCUUGUACAUCCUCUCGUUCACGUGCAUUCAGAAUUCCAAUAUUAUCGUUUACAAAACCGACAUUCAUCAAAUCAAGACGCAUGGCAAGGUAAAUCCUAAAAAUCCAAAGCUAAAGCCAAAACUUCUACAGUGCGCGGGAGAAAAGCGUGAAUAAAACGGUAAUAUAAGGAGGAAUUCAUGAACAGUUGAUGACAGUGAUUGGAAAUGAAGAUACAGCGUCAGUAGGGCGUCAGCGUGGGUCCAGAAGCAUUUGUUUAAUGGAAAUACAAGUAAAUCAGCACCAUAAAUUAUGUUGAUGCUCAUCAUCGAAUCCCCGGGUUUUGUCUGUUCCCGCUCACCGCCAUUGAACAUUGAUACUUUGCCCUAUCUUCUUCUUAUCUUGUUAUCAAUGAGAGCAAGCCAUUAAUUUUAUAUAUUUUGUUUUUGAUAAAUAUAAUGUGGUGUUCAUGGUGGGGUUCAGGAGUGGCCCUUUGAAGGACUGUGCAGAGGGGGUGGAGAACCGCACGUGUGGCCCGAUUCAUUUCAGACAGGAAGCGCAGUACCAUCAAUAAAUAUGAGGUACUCUAAUGGUUAUGGAUAUGAAGGCACUGUAUUUGUAUUUCGACUGCAGAAAUAUAUUGUAACCUAAGCAGCUUGGUGAUGGAAAAUCACACAAAUCCUUCGGCUUCUUUUCUCACUUUUCUCACCACAUCCUUUGGGGUAAUAAUAGUAAUCACCGGGCUAUUAAUUUGCACUGGACGCUGUUUUCAAUCUGAUUUAUUCUUUGAUAUUUCUGACAUGGCUAAUUCACACGGUUGAGUUAUUAUGGAAAAAGUAAAUUUGUCAGGAGCUGGAGAAUCUUAUGUAGAGGCUGUGGUUAGAGCAGCACAAGAGCCGAACCAGAGCACAGGUAUGGUGAGAGUAGAUUCAGCCAGCAAUACACAGAUCAUUACCCCUGCGAUUCCUUCAUUUGCAGGAAGUAAUAUGAAGAAUGCUUUAAAGAGAUCUUCGAGCAAGGACAGGCACACCAAAGUGGAGGGGCGAGGACGGCGAAUUCGCAUGCCGGCGACAUGCGCUGCCAGAAUUUUUCAGCUCACCAGAGAGCUCGGCCACAAAUCAGACGGAGAAACUAUUCAGUGGCUGCUACAGCAGGCGGAACCCUCCAUUAUCGCCGCCACCGGCACAGGAACGCUUCCAGCCUCGGCGGCGGCCAUAGCCGGCUCACUGCGUGGAAGCUCGGCCUGCAACACUGCAUUCAGCGGUGCAGCCGAGAUUCAAACCCCUGCCGUAACAAUGGCGUUGCUGGAUGGAGAUUCAGGGUUUAGCAGCGAGGGAUAUGUCCAGCAGGAGCUUCGGAAAAGAAAACAAGUCACAGACUUGGCUUCGCUUGGCUUCAUUGAGCAAAGGGAAUCGCCAGAGGGGCAAAGCAUGUGGGCGAGUUCAAGACAUUUAUCUGUGCCUCAAACCUGGGCAUAUAGAAGUAAGAACCACAGCGAGAGUGAGGAUACUCAGGCACUACAGUCAGGACCCGGAAAUCUCGCAGCUUGUUCCAGUCCUUGCUUGAGUACGCCUCUGCAAGCGCAAAUGGUACCGAGAAUCAAUAUGUCCGGUGCCUGUAUGGGAUUCGAACUGCCGACCACUGGGCAUUCUAGCUACCUGCCCCUGCCUUCCCUACACCAGGCACCUCCUUCUCAUCAACAAAACAAUAUCUUCCACGAAGGCCAAAUUGGAAUCUUUGCCCCUGUCAUGACUGCAUGGAGAUCCCUCAACCACCCAGACUAUCAACAUCAUUAUUAUCAUGAUCGGCAGCAACAACAGGACAAGACCAGCGAUGAUCAACGCCAAAAAUGACAUCAAUUAUUGCUAAUGUUGAUUAUACUAAUAAUUACGUGUUCUUAAUUUCUUCUCUCAGUUGGCUUAACUUCGAGUUCAAAUACGUUUUGCAAACAGGAGCCCAAACUGUGUUCUCAGAUUAUUCAAAUCAAAGAUUAAAUCAGUCAGGUACUCCUGAACUUUUUCAUUUUGUAUAUUUACAGGCAUAAAUAUGAAAUCAAUGGGGAUCUCUAGUCAGUAGUUCUACUUCCCCAUUCCUACA